GAUAUAGAUGACCCACGCUGAACUGUCCCGCCAAACUCAAUGACAGGGGGGCGCUACCAUCGUUCAACUUUAUGGUUUCCAACAUGGCAAAAAUCGGAACCAGCGAUUCGGUAUUGACGGUGGCGCCCCGCUGUCAAUGUCAUCGAUAGGACAGUUCAGUAUUUUGGAACUAUAUUUCUCCAAAAGCCAUACAGAAUGACUGAUCUCCUAUGUAGAAUAUGCCUGGCACGUGAUACUCGUAUGUGUACAACGUACAACACGCCACUGGAAGUGCUUUAUCAAAAAAUCACAAAUAUACCUCUUAAAACAAAAGACGGAAGACCGCACGUGGUGUGUUACGUCUGCUACCAUUUAUUAAGCAAGUGUCACAAAUUCAUUGAAAGUGCCGUUAAAACUGACAAAGUUCUUCAACAACUAUGUAGCAGUGGUAUACAGUUAACCGAGCAGCAUAUUUCAGCGAUAGACAAGGCUUUCUUACUCACACCAUUAACUAAGUCACGCGUUAUAAAUGUAAACGCAAUAAGCGAUUCAGAUGGAGUCAGUAUAGAAGUGGCUGAAGUCAAGAGAGAAAUUGAAGAAGAUAAGCCUAUAUAUUAUGAGGUGGAAGUUGUUAAAGAAAAAGCUGAUUCUUUAGGUUUUGACGAUAUAAAUAAUACAGAACAUAGUUCAAAACAGUACGCUUGUACUAUCUGUGGUCAUUGCUUGCUGACCAAAGCUGAAGCUAGGAAGCACUACAAAUGGCAUGGCACCUCCGAAGAACCCUAUCUGGACUGUCUGAAUUAUUUAUUUGGCGCUCCACCAACUGUGGAAGUCACUAUGCAACCUAUCACGGCGCCAACUGACAGCAAAGAAGUAAUAAAGGCGCCAACUGACCACAAAGAAGCACUACCGGCGCCAACUGGCAGCAUACAAGCACUAACGGCGCCAACUGACAGCAUACAAGUGGUGACGGCGCCAACUCAUAGCAGAGAAGUGCUGAAGUCUCCGCAAACUAUCAUAGCGUCCGACACUAGUCCAACGAAGAUUGAAAAUGAUGAAGAGAUGCCUCAGAAAGAAGAUAUGGACGAAAAAUCAAAUUUACCCGAAGAACUAAAAGAUGAAUCGCCAAAAAUUUACAAAAACGAAAGAGAAUUAUUGAUAGAAAUGAAAAUAGACGUCUAUAAAAAAAAUGUGAAACCAAAGAAUAUAAUAAAGAAAAAAGAAGAAACUGCGAAACCAAAUAAUACAAUAAAGAAAAAAGAAAAAGCAACUAACAGUGAAGUGACUAUAAAAAAGAGAAAACUCACUAAAAACAUGAAACCAAAUAGAAAAAAUGAAACAAAAUUAACCGUUAGUAAUAAUUUAACCGAAAACGAGGUAUAUUGUGAAGUCCCAUUAUUUAAAUCGGAUGACCCGUUAGACACAAAUUAUAAAGAUAAUACACCAAAUACAGAUGAAUUAGACAGUUCAGACACGAAUAUGGACACGGAAGAUAUAGAACAAAAUGAUGAAAAUGAAACGAAAAAUAUUACAGCAACAGAAAAAACAUUUCCAUGUGAUACUUGUAAAAAAGUCUUCCCAAGUAAUGCGAGGUUGAAACGCCAUAGACGUGUGCACACGGGCGAGAAACCAUUCUCAUGCGAACAUUGCUCGAAAACAUUCGCAGAAAAAUUUAACCUUAGUCGACAUUCCCGAAUCCAUUUCGGAGAAAAGCCAUUCGAGUGCGAUCUCUGCGGAAAAUGUUUCUCGAUUAAAACUCACUUGAGCGUUCACUUACUCACGCACAAUAAUUCUAGUAAAAAACAAACUAAAAGCACUGUGUCGUGCGAUGCUUGUGGAAAAAUAUACACGCACAAAAUGAAUUUAGCACGGCACAUUUCAACAAAGCACGCCAGCACACAUACAGGUGAAAAACCGUUCUCAUGUACCUAUUGUCAUUACAAGACCGCAUUAAAAUGUAAUUUAAAUACUCAUAUACGGACACAUACAGGUGAAAAACCGUUCUCAUGUAACUAUUGCGAUUACAAGACUGCUGUAAAAUCAGCUUUAAUUAGACAUAUACGGACACAUACAGGUGAAAAACCGUUCUCAUGUAACUAUUGUGAUUACAAGGCUGCUGUAAAAUCAGAUUUAAUUAAACAUAUACCAACACAUACAGGUAAAAAACCGUUCUCAUGUAACUAUUGCCAUUACAAGACUGCUGUAAAAUCAGAUUUAACUAAACAUAUACGGAUACACACAGGUGAAAAACCGUUCUCAUGUACCUAUUGUCAUUACAAGACUGCUAAAAAAGGUAGUUUAAAUACUCAUAUACGGACACAUACAGGUGAAAAACCGUUCUCAUGUAACUAUUGCCAUUAUAAGACCACCCUAAAAUCAACUUUAAUUAAACACGAAAGGACACAUACAGGUGAAAAACCGUUCUCAUGUACCUAUUGUCAUUACAAGACCGCAUUAAAAUUUAAUUUAAAUACUCAUAUACGGACACAUACAGGUGAAAAACCGUUCUCAUGUAACUAUUGCGAUUACAAGACUGCUGUAAAAUCAGCUUUAAUUAGACAUAUACGGACACAUACAGGUGAAAAACCGUUCUCAUGUAACUAUUGUGAUUACAAGGCUGCUGUAAAAUCAGAUUUAAUUAAACAUAUACCAACACAUACAGGUAAAAAACCGUUCUCAUGUAACUAUUGCCAUUACAAGACUGCUGUAAAAUCAGAUUUAACUAAACAUAUACGGAUACACACAGGUGAAAAACCGUUCUCAUGUACCUAUUGUCAUUACAAGACUGCUAAAAAAGGUAGUUUAAAUACUCAUAUACGGACACAUACAGGUGAAAAACCGUUCUCAUGUAACUAUUGCCAUUAUAAGACCACCCUAAAAUCAACUUUAAUUAAACACGAAAGGACACAUACAGGUGAAAAACCGUUCUCAUGUAACUAUUGCCAUUAUAAGACCACCCUAAAAUCAACUUUAAUUAAACACGAAAGGACACAUACAGGUGAAAAACCGUUCUCAUGUAACUAUUGCCAUUAUAAGACCACUCAAAAAUCAACUUUAAUUAAACACGAAAGGACACAUACAGGUGAAAAACCGAUUUGAGGUAAACACUCUCUAUAGAAAAAAAAAUCUUCAGUAAUUAUUUCAGUAGGUUGUAGGUAUAGUUAGUAGUAUAAAAGCAGUAAAAGAUGUAGCUAAAAGUCUUUGGUGUAAGUAGGUAGGUAUACUAUACAGGGUGUAAACGAUAAGUGAUCUCACUCGAUUAUUUCUAAACUAUACAAGAUAUCGAAAAAUUUAUUACUGACCCUGAAAGUGCUUACCGCGUACGUGCUUACCCAGUUUUUGGAUAUCUUGUAUAGUUUUUAAUAUUAUGUGGUUUUACUAAAUGUAUGGAAGCUGGAAACAUUGAAUUUUCGUAUAGAUCCAUUUAUUUUGUAACCUAUUAUUGGUACCGUUGGAUAGAGCUCGGGAAGCACUUUCAGGAUCAGUAACCAGUUUUUGGAUAUCUUGUGUAGUUUAGAAAUAAUCGAGUGAGAUCACUUAUCGUUUCCAUCCUGUAAAGGGAGGCACACAGAAAAGGCCUAAGUUACCAACAACGAGAACCGAACAUAGGACCACUUAUGGCAAUGUUAGUAGGUAGGUACGUCACUACCGUCAUAUUUUUCUUCCGUUCAGUUAAUGUUCUCAAAGCUAUAUAGGUCUACGCAAUACUUUGAGAAUAGUAACUGAGUAUUAUUUAUUUAUUUUUAACAGAGUUAUAAAGUUGCCUAUUUAAACUGUAUUUUCUCAAUUAUUAAUUUAAUAUUGACAUAAGUAUGUUAUUCUAAUGAUGGUAGUUCAUUCAUGAACAUGAUUUUGAAAUUACUUACAAUUUGAGACAAUAUUAUAGUUAUUAAUAUUAAUAGGUAUUUUAACUAAGUUCUUUACUAAACAAAAAAUACACCGAAACUAAUAAAAUGUUUUGUUUGUAUUAAACACGAACUAUUUAUUACUAAUGAAGUCUUGAUUACUAUCAAUACUAAUUUACGACAAAAAGUAUAUUUUCCAUUUUUUUUUGUAAUUCAUUCUACCACUAUAAUUUGUUUUUUUUUUAUUGUAAAAGAAAAAAUAUUUUUGUUUUAUAAUUGUUAUUGUGUUUAAAUUGUGUCCCUGUCUGCAUGAUACAAAUAACAUUUAAGUAACAUAACGCCUUAAUAAAGUUUACUAAACUAAAA